UUUUAUUUCUGCAGAAAAUUUUGCAGCUGCUACCUGAGAGGAUUUUUUAUCGAUGGCAUUUUCGCAGUAUAGGGUCUACUUUGAAGAAACUUUUGCACACUGGAAACUCUAUCAAGAUAAGAUGUGAAGGAAUCAGACUGUUUCUUCUUUGGCUUCAAGCACUUCAGACUAACUGUGAGGAAGAGCAAAUAUUAAUAUUUGCCUGCCUUGUGCCUGGUUUUCCACCAGUUAUGUCCUCAAGGGGUCCCUGUACACUAGAUAACGUCAUUAGUCCUCCUUCUAAUUCACUAGAUGCUAAGAUCUAUCCUGAAGAGAUAACCCCGCUUUUGCCAGCUGUCUCUGGAGAAAAAAUUGCUGAAGACCAAACCUGUUUUUUCCUUCAGUUACUGUUAAAAUAUAUGGUAAUUCAGGCGGCAAGCUUGGAGUGGAAGAAUAAGGAAAACCAAGAUACUGGUUUUAAGUUUCUCUUUACCUUGUUUAGAAAGUACUAUCUUCCUCACUUGUUUCCAUCUUUUACAAAGCUAACCAACAUGUACAAACCUGUUCUUGAUCUUCCUGAUAUAAGACCAAGACCAGUGUAUGUUACUGCAACACGAAACAAUGAAAGUGUCUACAGCACAAAAAUUCCCUAUAUGGCUGCUCGAGUUGUAUUUAUUAAGUGGCUUGUUACCUUCUUUCUUGAAAAGAAAUAUGUAACUGCUGUCCAGCAUACAAAAAAUGGAGGAGAAAUGCUCCCUAAAAUUAUUCAGACUGUGGGAGUUGUAAACCAGGACAAAAACCCGGAGCUGGAAGGCAGCACGGCCUACGCGAGCGAGCCGGAGAGGAACCACUCCAACAGCAGCACCUUGUCUGACCGCAGGCUCAGCAACAGCAGCCUCUGCAGCAUCGAGGAGCAGCACGGCGCCGUCUACGAGAUGGUGCAGAGAAUCCUCCUCUCCACCCGCGGCUACGUCAACUUUGUUAACGAAGUCUUUCGCCAGGCUUUUUUGUUGCCUUCUUCUGAUAUGUCUACAACAAGAAAAGUGAUCAAAGUUUAUCGCAAAUGGAUAUUGCAAGAGAAGCCUGUGUUCAUGGAGGAGCCAGACAAAAAGGAAAAUGGCCAAGAUGAUGUUUCCAACUUGGAGGAUUCAUCAGUGCAAACGGAUAGCAAACAUCUUGCCUCGGACCAUUCAGGCCAUAAACGAUCAUCGAGCUGGGGGAGAACCUACUCCUUCACCAGUGCUGUUAACAGGGGAUGCGUGUUAGAAGAUGAAGACAAAAAUAUUAAAGCUGGUGCUCAAGCUGCGUUACAGGUAUUCUUGACAAACUCUGCAAAUGUUUUCUUACUGGAACCAUGCCUUGAAGUCCCUGCCCUUCUGAAGGAGCAAGUUGAUGCUUGCAGAGCAGUUCUGAGUAUUUUUAGGCACAUGAUAAUGGAACUAUCAAUGAAUAAAAAAACAUGGGAACAGAUGUUACAGAUACUCCUCAGAAUAACAGAAGCUGUUAUGCAGAAGCCCAAGGAGAGCCAAGUAAAGGAUACGUUCGCUCAAAGCAUGUCAGGAUUACUCUUCCGAACUCUCAUUGUCGCUUGGAUCCGAGCCAACCUGAGCGUUUACAUUUCCCGCGAGCUCUGGGACGAGUUGCUUGGUGUCCUGUCGUCCCUCACCGACUGGGAGGAGCUCAUCAACGAGUGGGCCAACAUUAUGGAUUCCCUGACAGCGGUGUUAGCGAGGACCGUGUAUGGAGUCGAAAUGACCAACUUGCCCUUGGAUAAGCUGAGCGAGCAAAAAGAAAAAAAACAGAGAGGAAAAGGUGGAAUUUUGGAGCCUCAGAAGACAGCUGUAGUGGGAAGAUCUUUUUCGUUAAGCUGGAAAAACCACCCCGAAGUUGUGGAACCAAUGAGAUUCAGAAGUGCUACGACCUCUGGAGCUCCAGGAGUUGAGAAAGCAAGAAAUAUGGUUCGCCAGAGAGCAACAG